AUGGGGUUUUCAAAAAAGAGCACAACAACGGCAGAUUUAGUAAAACAACGGUUAACAAAACAGAUCCAAUUAGCUGACCAAGUAAGCAAAGCAGCUGAAGAAGGAAGUUCAUCCUUCAAACAAGAAUGCUUAGAACUCAAAUCCAAAACCGAAAAACUCGCUUCACUUCUCCGACAAGCAGCAACAUCAAGCUCCGAUUUACCCGAACCACCAGCACGUCGUAUCAUCGGAGACACCGAACAAGUCCUCAAAAAAACACUAACGUUAGUCCUCAAAUGCAAAGUCAACGGUCUCAUGAAGCGUAUCUUCAGCAUAGUCCCCUCCGCCGCUUUCCGCGAAAUGUCUUCUCGUCUUGAAAAUUCAAUCGGCGAUGUUUCGUGGCUACUCCGUCUCUCCGCUCCGGCAGAGGAAGGGAGCUACGAGUAUCUAGGUCUUCCACCUAAUGCGUCUAAUGAUCCGAUUUUAUGUCUAAUUUGGGAACAGAUUGCGAUUCUUUAUAACGGAUCUGUCGAUGAUCGAUCUGAUGCUGCUGCUGCUUUGGUUACUCUUGCACGUGAUAACGAACUUUUUGGAAAAUUGAUAAUUGAAGAAGGUGGUGUUGGUCCUUUGUUGAAACUUAUUAAAGAAGGUAAAAUAGAAAGUCAAGUAUACGCUGUUGAAGCUAUUGGGCUUUUAGGUCGAGAUGCAGAAAGCAUUGAUGUUAUGAUUAAUGCUGGUGUCUUUUUUGUUUUUGCUAAGAUUCUCAAACGAGGUCCUAUGAAAGUUCAAGCUGUUGUAGCUUGGGCUGUUUCUCAACUUGUGUCUAAGUAUCCUAAAUGUCAAGAUAUUUUUGUUGAGCAUGAUAUUGUUAGGUUGCUUGUUAGUCAUAUUGCAUUUGAAACUGUUCAGGAGCGCAGUCAUUCAAGUGAGAUUGGGAACUGUAAUACCGAGCCAAGUUCUUCUUCGUGUUCGGGAAUUAACAUGAAUGGAAGGGAACUUGAAGAUGCCGAGAGUAAGGCUGACAUGAAAGCAAUGGCAGUGAAAGCUCUAACGUUAUUAGCAAAGGAUAACUCUGCGAUUUGUUGUAGCUUAAUAGAAUCAAGUGCUUUGUUAUUCUUAGCUAUUCUCCUUCAAAAAGGAUCUGAAGAAGUGAAAUACAAUUCUUCCUUGGCAUUGAAAGAGAUUACUGCAGUGAUUGAGAAAGAUCCUGAAUUAAGAAUGGCAUUUAAGCCGAAUUCUCCUGCCUGUAAAGCAGUUGUUGAUCAAGUGAUCGAUAUUAUCGACAAAGAAGAUAAGAGGCUUCUGAUUCCUUGCAUUAAAGUUAUUGGAAGUUUGGCAAGGACAUUUGCGAAAACUGAAACAAGGAGGAUAAUUGGUCUGUUGGUUCGACUUCUAGACGAAAGAGAGGCUGAAGUAUCCAAAGAAGCUGCAGACUCACUCACGAAAUUUGCCUGCAAUGACAACUACCUCCACCUUGAUCACUCUAAGGCAAUCAUAAGCUCCGGUGGUGCAAAACACUUGGUUCAGCUUGCGUAUCUUGGGGAACCGCCGGUUCAAUAUUCAGCCUUGGUUCUGCUAUCAUAUAUCGCAUUGCAUGUGCCGGACAGUGAAGAACUUGCUCGGGUUGAUGUUCUUGGAGUUCUUGGAGUUCUUAAAAAGAUAAGAUUUUUACUAUGA